AUGGUACUUCUUGGUCUGCGUUUUACGCUGUUUAAGAAUUUCCCAAAGCGCGCAAAGACAUUUACAGAACGAGUGCACCAGGGAAUUUAUCAUGGAAAAGGUUACAUGUAUGGCCAUGUGAGCACAUUUUCUGAAAAAAAGUAAGCUUAAUGUUGAUUUUAAUGUGAAAGAAUUUAAUUGUUGAACGUAAAUAUAUAACUUUGUAAAGUUAUUACUGUCUUUCAAAUUUAUUCCUUAAGAUACUUUCGAGGAUCUAAAUUAGACAUAAAUGUCAGCAACAACUGCACCAACAUUAACAUUUUUUAUUUGAAGCAGUUCAUGUUCCCCAAGUUUGGAAGUAACAGUAACUAGCAAAUCCUCUCAAAAACAGAUACUCUUGGAACCGGUACCAAAUAUUUGUCUUGGUGAGGUGUUCGCUCUAUAGAGAAAGAAAAAAAAAGAAUGACUCAGGGUGCAAAGAAAAUCAUUUUUGCAGCUUGCCAUUCGGGUAAGCUGAAGCUAGCAUUUACUAGCCCAGAUGUCAUUUCAACUAGCCCAAAAGCUUUUUGUUAAGCAGAAUUGAUUUAACACUUCUUCUGUUAUUGAAAUUCCUCAAAAACCAUCACUUGCGUGGCGGGCAAGUUAAAAACAGAAUUCACUAGCCCGAUAGCAAAAUCCACUAGCCCCGGGCUAUCAGACACCACUUUCUUUGCACGCUGAUGAUGAGCAGGGACCACCUUUAUCAUUCAUUUUAUUCCAGGCACGACAUUUCCCACCACUCUCUGGCCAUCUGUUGGGCUUUUUUCUUCUUUAGAAAGCUGCUAAUGCCCCAUGGAGGGGGCAGCAGGUCCAUACAGCAACCCCACUGUAGGGCAUUAAAAAAAUUGAGCAAAUUACCCACAAAAUUAACAAACCACAAAUCCAUGCAGUGAAUAAAUUCUUCCGCUGACAGUAACCAUACAUUGAUGCAUACACAAGGUGCAAAGAAAGUCAGUUUUUAUAAUACCUUUCUCUUAGGUAGCAUGUGCUGGCCCAAGAGCAAUUUUAACUAGCUAACAAAAUAUCCAGAACCAAUCCAAGACUCACUCCUACAAGCAAUGAGUCAUGUAACCAGACAAUUUCUGAAGUCAUGUUACAUCAUAUUUCAACACGCCAUGAAGCCUUUAACCAGUCUAGUAAGGAUUUUUACUCCCACCUGCUAUCGCAAACACCUGCCACUUUUGAGAGGCUUGAAGCACUUGCAGAAACACUGUCACUUGUAGAAACAUUCAGAACACUCAUAGUAGGUUAGACAUAUGAAGCUGGCUGCCCUUUGAAACUUGACGUAAGCUCUGACCCUCUGGUGGUUAUCCUGCCUUACCCACAUGCAUCUAAUAAAUGGUAAAACAAAGUGAGUAGCCACUCCAGGAGAACUAAAAUGGCAGCUGUUGAAAUAUUAAAAGUGUCCAAUAAAUAAAGGGGGAGGGGACUGGGGGCUAUGGGCCUGCCUGGUAUAGACUGAGACAUGCCCUUAUAUCGACUGUGUAAUUCUACUUUUUUGUCCUUCUGUUAUAUAAUGAUAUUAUGGUUAAAAAGGGAGGAAAAAACUAUACUUUGGAUGGCUACCAAUCCAGUCAAAACUAACAGGGGACAAAAAAGGCACGCAACAGUACCGAGGGAAGAUUCCAAUAUUAUUCUUUCCAGCAUGUAUGAAUUGCUACAUGUGUAGUAGUUUGACAUAUGAGAAAAAAAGGUUAAUUUCAUCUGAUUGAUAAUAAGGUGAUGCUAUAAUGUACAGCUGUAGCAUACACUAUUUAAGCAACAGAAAACUAUUUCCGUGUUUACAUAGCCUGAUAUAAACACGAGAGGGGUUGGGAGAAUUCAAGACAGUUAUGCAAACCCGAGAUGAAGUCGAGGGUUUGCAUAACUGUCGAGAAUUCUCCCAACACCUCGAGUGUUUAUAUCAGGCUAUGCAAACACAGGAAAAAAGUUUUCUAUUGCUUUUAUAAAAUAACUUUCCCGAGAAAAACCCAAAACUCUUUGUAUGGCACUGAUUAAAAGAGAAACUCUUACCAGUCGCAAAGUCUUGUCCACGAAGUCUUGCUCGCGUAAUCAGUUCUUGUUUUGCACAAAGAUGCUUUCCAAAAUACAGAUUUUUCUCGGUUAAAAUGUCAGCUUAGGGGAAGAAAAAUUGACACACCUUCUUUGUAGCGAUUUUCCAAGUUUCAGCCGAUGAACGAAUGGGUAAAAAAAGUAAACUUGUUGAGUUUUGAACUAAAAAACCUUUUCAAAUUCGUGCUUGCGUGAUUAGCACGCAAAAAGCAAAACAUCUUGAUGCCACAACCAUGUUUACAUACUCUCAUGCAAACACGCCUCUCAGCCAAUCAGAGUGCGCGUACUAUCCUAGCUAUUUUAUAAACAUGUAUGAUUGUAAAGUUCGUCCUUGAGGGCUGCUGGGGGUAGGGGGGGUUACCUACACGGGGGAACCUACACCUGUACAGUUUACACUGUAUUGACUGUUUGUCCCUUUGCUACUAAGUGGGUGUUCUGCAGAUGACCAUUACAUGCAUGAAGAAACUCAACCUUCCCUUAAAAAAAAAACAUGAGUCUCUUUACUUUCUGUUCCAAGGAUGUCCUUUGCCCUUGUAAGUUAUCCUUUGCAAAAGCUCUGAAUGGGAACAACACGAAAAAAGGCAGCAAAAUUAAAUCACAAAUUGUCCUUUUUGGGGUCAAAGACUCAUAAGGCCUCUCAUAUGUUUAGCAAUAGUGGCCAGCUGGUAAAUGACUGUAAUGUUACGUCACAGUGUUGGACAGAAUAAACAUUUUAGGAGAGCUAUUGCAGGCAAACAAAAUGUGAUUGCAAAGGCUAUAAAUCAAUAUAAAUUAAGUUAAUUGUCCAUAGUUUUAAUAUGAUUUUUUAUAUCUUUCCAAGCAUGUUCCAUCACAUGUCAUCUGAAAGCUUCAAUAAGCUUAAAACUGAUCUGGAUUCAUUUUGCUUACACACAAUUGCCUUCUUUCCACAGAACCAAGCGGGUUUGGAAGCCAAAUGUUGUCAAAAAGAAAUAUUACAGUCAAAUACUGGAACAAACAAUGAGAUUUGAAUUCAGUACGCAUGCACUAAGAUGUAUUGACAAGGCAGGAGGAUUUGACAACUACAUUAUGAACACUAAAGACAAGUGGCUACACUCAAGAACAGCUAUAGAACUGAAGAAGCUUAUGUUAGAAGUACUCAAGUGUAAGGAACAGGGUAUGCCGAUGAGUCAGAUUAGGAAGGAGGUGUUCCCACAGCCUAAAGUAAGCAAACAUGUUCAUAUUCCAAAGACAUACACCACCAGAUUUUACUUUGAUUGGAGAGGACCUCGCAAACAAGUAGUUUAUUGCUGA